CUUUUCGCUGCUGGCUCGCUAGCUGAAUGUGUAUGAAAACAAAAACAUUGAUUUCGUAAUACAAUCUGUCAUUAGACGUUUAGUUUUGCCUUAUUAUUUGAGACGUUUAGCUGGUUUUAUUUUUUCGUUUCCUUGAUUCUUCUGCAGCACAACUUCAUUUCGUUUCCAAACUUUCUCCCCUUUCUCAAAAUGGACCAAAUUUCUGCAUUACUUCAACCGUACAAAGAAACCAUUGGCAAUGUUGCUGGUAUUGUUACCGCCUUGCAGAUGCUUAGUGGUGCUUUUCUGUGCAAUGACAUCCGGAAAAAGGGCUCUGCUACCGAGUUCUCAUCAAUACCGUUUCUGGGUGGUUUGAUUCUAACAGUACUCAGUUUUAAGUAUGCUGCAAUUCUAAACGAUGCGGCAAUGUUGCGGGUCAACUUUUUCGGUUUGGUACUGAACAUCAUUUACAUGACCGUUUACUACUUCUACACACCCGGCCAUAAUAAGACCACAGUUUGGGCACAGAUUGGCUUAAGCGGAGCAUUUUCGGCUGUAGUUAUUGGCUAUGCGCAAUAUGAGGAUCCUGAUCUUGUUGAAUUCCGAUUCGGCAUGAUCAUGACGGUCUUUCUGUUCGCAUUGGUGUCAUCACCAUUUUUGAGUUUGGGGGAUGUCAUCAGGAACCAAAGCACGGAAGGUCUGCCUUUUCCGAUGAUUUUGUCAGGUACUGUGGUUUCGUUUAUGUGGUUGCUGUACGGACUAUGUCUAAACAACAGUGUCAUUGUUUGGCAAAAUGUGGUCUUGGUAAUAUUGAGUGGUAUCCAGUUGUCGCUAUUCGUCAUUUAUCCAUCAACACCAAAAUCGACUAAGGACAAGUCCAAGUCCAAGACUAAAAAGACCAACUAAAUUGCAGCUGUCGUCCUUAUUUCGUAUUUUGAGGUCAGAGUCCGAAAUGAAGUUGCAAAAAUCUAAUUGUUAAGUAUCUAAUGGUGAUCGUUAAAUGUUUUCAUAUUCUAAUUGACAAUAAUAUUUCGUCUUCCAUUCAUACGGUGAUUUAGAAUGAAUUUUAGUCUCUAUUCAAUGUUAACGUUAAAUAUUUGAAUUUUAAGAAAAUUUGAAUUUAUUUUUAUAAAAAAUAUCGAAAGUUGCCAAUUAAAUUGAACAAAUUUACAGUUUA